CCCAUAUGUCAAAGUCUUUGUGCUCCUGAAGACGUCGAGGCGACAGCAGGGAAAAAACAGCUGGAUCAGCUAGCGGCUCCGCUGGCUCCUCCAGCCCCUCCACCGGCUCAUUCCUCCGGGUUCCCACCCUGACUUCGAUACGCUGGUUCUGAUUCUGAUGAUGAGGUGGAAACAUGGAGGCUCCUGAAUACCUGGAUCUGGAUGAGAUCGACUUCUCCGAUGACUCAGUGUAUUCUGUGACAUCACUGAAGAACAUCCCAGAACUGUCCAGAAGGAGCGAUGGCCCGGCAGAGGAGAGACCAGCUCCGGCCAUCAACUGGAGCCGCGGCGUUCCCUCCCACAGCGGGGCGGGGAUCAAACCCACGGGCCUGGCCGAGGUCCACAGCAAGUUCCGUCCGGUGAAGCGGGUCUCCCCCCUGAAGCACCAGCCCGAAACCACAGAGUCGGACUCGGACGGGAAGAACCAGAACCAGGGUCCGGUUCUGGAGCAGGGUAAGGACGAGUCCAGCUCCGAGAAGCAGGCCGGCGCCUCCACGCCGUGCGACGGCUCCGGGGGCAAGGCGAAGGUCGGCGGGGUCGGCGGCAACGCUCAGGCUCUGUUCGGGGAGCUGGAGCACUACGACCUGGACAUGGACGAGAUUCUGGACGUACCGUACAUCAAGUCCAGCCAGCAGAUGUCCACCCUGCCGCGUGGCAGGCGGUCUGCGGCGGGGGGCGGCGCCGGGGGAGGAACCCUGGAGAGGAACCGAGGAGGAGGAGGGUUGAAGAGCUCCACUCUGACCCACAACGAGCCUCUGAGCCUGGGCAGCAGCAGCAGCCAGACCCCGUUCUGCGUUCUGUCUCCGGUGAAGUGGUCGGACCUCAGGAAGUCCAAGUCCAUGGACCCGGACCUCCAUCACCUGCACCGCUCCCCAGGAGGAGCCGGCGGCGGCGGCUACCAGGCGGAGCCGCCGCCGCCCGGCCUCCUCGGCUCCUCCUCUCUCUCCUCUUUCUCUGACGCAGACAAGCUGCUGUCCGCGCGCGUCUUCCCGGACCCCCAGAGCCAGCGGUCGGGGGCGGAGCCUCCGGGGGGGCUGGCGUUCCCCCUGGCAGGGUGCAUUGUGGGUAAACCGGACGCCUCCAAACCCUGGACUCCUGGAGGAGGAGGAGCGAGGGGAGAGCUGGACGAGGAGACGAAGAAGAACCAGAACAUCAUCAACAUCGUCAGGGAGGGGCAGAUCUCCCUGCUGCCUCACCUGGCGGCCGACAACCUGGAGCUGAUCCGAGACGAGGACGGGAACAACCUGCUGCACGCCGCCGCCUCUCAGGGCCACGCCGACUGCCUGCAGCACCUCACCUCCCUGAUGGGCGAGGACGGCCUCAACGAGCGCAACAGCCAGCAGCUCACCCCCGCCGGCCUGGGGGUAAAGAACGGCCAUCUGGAGUGUGUGAGGUGGAUGGUGAGUGAGACGGAGGCCAUCGCCGAGCUGAGCUGCACCAGAGAGCAUCCCAGUUUGAUCCACUAUGCUGCUCGAUACGGACAGGAGAAGGUUCUGCUGUGGCUGCUGCAGUUCAUGCAGGAACAGGCCAUCUCCCUGGACGAAGUGGACCAGAACGGAAACACGGCCGUCCACGUGGCGGCGCAGUACGGACACCUCACCUGUAUCCAGACUCUGGUGGAGUACGGAUCCAACGUGACGAUCCAGAACCAGCAGGGGGAGCGGCCGUCGCAGAGCGCCGAGCGGCAGGGCCACACCACCUGCGCCCGCUACCUGGUGGUGGUGGAGACCUGCAUGUCUCUGGCCUCACAGGUCGUCAAGCUCACCAAGCAGCUCAACGAACAAACAGCAGAGAGAAUCAACCUGCAGAAACACCUGCAGAGGCUGAUGGACCCCAGCAAGGCUGAGGGGACGCCGUCCAGGUCACCCAGUUCCCAUCAGCCCCUGGUGGAGGCGUGUCCAGAGCUGCUGCUGACGGCCGAGGCGGCGCCUGGCGACGGACACUGGUUGGUCCGGCAGGGGGGCGUGGCUCCGGACUCGGUGCUGCGGCAGCUUCUGGGGAAAGAUGGCGACGGCGUCAGAGAGAGGCUGCAGCCGGGGGCCGGCCCGGGCAGAGACGGCCCCGGCGCCGCGGGGGCCCCCGGGGGCCACAGGACCGGCCUGCUGGAGAGGAGGGAGCUCAAACUGGCCAGACUCAAACAGAUCAUGCAGCGCUCUCUGAGCGAGUCCGACUCCGAGGGCUACCCGCCGGAGGAGGGGCGGAACCAGGCCACGCUGCGACCCGAUAGGCCGACCCACCUGCCGAUCGCAGAGGAGGAGCCGGCGACCAACCACCUCCAUCAGGUGAUGAGGAAGCACCUCCCCUCCUCAUCCUCGGCUGAGAGGAAGCUGGCCUUUUCUCUCAGCGGGUCAAAGUCUGUGGACAGCAUCGGCUACACGCCGUCGCCCACGUCCAGCGACCCAGACGCCACGGAAACCAGAACCCCGGAAACCCCCGCCGCCGACGGCCAGAAGGUCGCCACCAGCCCCAAGAGCGCCCUGAAGUCGCCGUCGUCCCGCAGGAAGACCUCCCAGAACCUGAAGCUCCGGGUCACCUUCGACGAGCAGGUCCACAAGAGCUCGACCAAUCAGGAGCCAGAACCCAGCCGGGCGCCGCCGGGCAAGGACAGGACUGCGGCCGCCAGCUCAGAGGGCAAGAGGUCGUUCGGGACGUUCCGCUCCAUCAUGGAGACUCUGAGCGGGAACUCCAACCACAGCAACAACAACAACAGCAGCGGCGGCGGUCCUGUUAAACCGUCAGCCUAUCAGAACUCACCUGGCAGGAAGUCCGUUGGGGGCGGAGCCAAGGGCAAGAGCCGAGUCAGCAACGUCUGACCAGCCGAAAACGGACGAGGCACAGAACAUGAGAACCAAUCAGAUCGUAAAUAUUUAGUGUUUCAUGAAAACUGAUCAACUUCAUUUCAACACAUGAAAAUUAAAGUUAAUUAAUUUGAGAACAAAACAUUUUGUAGCUAAAAAUAAACGGAUCAUUUUCUGUUAACUCGUCCGACUUUAAAGGAAUCUAUGACUAGCCUUUAGUCAGAUCUAACACUGAUAGAGCUAACACCCUUAGCUAAAUCUGACCAUGUUGGCUAACACCCUUAGCUAAAUCUGACCACGUUAGCUAGCACCAUUAGCUAAAUCUGACCACGUUAGCUAGCACCCUUAGCUAAAUCUGACCACGUUAGCUAGCACCAUUAGCUAAAUCUGACCACGUUAGCUAACACCCUUAGCUAAAUCUGACCACGUUAGCUAGCACCGUUAGCUAAAUCUGACCACGUUAGCUAGCACCAUUAGCUGGAGCCAACGUGAAAUCGGAACAAAUUGUAAGUUAAUGAAAUGAUGUUUAAAGUGAAAAUCAUCUUCAUGAGAACAAAAUGUUUCGUUAACUGAAACAGCCUGAGUUAGAAACGCUGCUCUCCUUUCUGAUUAGCUUUUCCAUCACAAACUGCAGCUUUUUGCUGACAUUUUCUUGAGUUUUUCACAAUAAGCUCUAAAUUUAUGAAGCCGUUGAUCCUGACGGGUCCGGUUCCCGACCCGGUCCUCCAGAAACAGUUCUAGGUUUGUCCAAAGAAUUUCUUUUCUGACCCGUCUGUCCAGAUUGAACCGCCACAUUUCAUUUUUGUUUGUUUUCAGCUCUGACUGAAAGAACCCAGUCGGUUCUGAACCAGUUCUGAACAUCUCAGGUUGUCAGAGGUCCAAAUUCAGAGCUGAUGAUGAAACUUCUGGUUCUGGAUGACCAGAGGAGACUUUUAGUCUGGAUUUGGACCCCAAACCUGUCAGUGCCUUUUAAACCAACAGGACCCCUAAAACUAGGCGGCUGCAGCUGAUCCGGUUUCCUGGUGCUGGUCGGGAUUCUGGAUGAGUUGCUGCUCUCUGCUUUACUUCUCUUUUCUAUAGUUGUUUUAUUGUAAGCUUAAAUCAGGUUCUUCAUGAACCAAAUCAUUUUUUAGAUCUUUAAUGAAAUGAUUUAGUUUCUGGUUGUUAAAUUUCACAUCCCUGGUUCUGGGACUUUCUCUGGGUUUCAGUCUCAUCCAGUCCUCUGGUUUCCUUUUGCCUUUAAAAGUCAGAAAAACUGGUAACUUUUUAAUAAUCUCCAUUUAGGGAUUUUCAGUUUAAAUGUGUUUGGAUUUUCCAGUAAUUUCCAAUUAUUUUAUGAUAUAAUUGAAUAGUAAAUUCUGUUUCCUUUUUUAUAAGUUUGAUUUAAAACACUCUCAAAACUACAUGACCCACAAUGCAUCACAGCAAUCUGACACAAGUUGUUCAUUUUGAACAGUUUUGUUUUAAAGGUUCUCAUGUUCUUUGCCUCAAAUCUUCAACCUUUUUAAAGUUUUCAUAGACGGACAGUUUUUGUGAGGUGAGUCUGAAUUCUUCAGGUUUCGCUUGUUCCAUCAUUUUUAGCUGAUUUUCAGUGGGAAACGUUUGAACUGAUUCAUGUUUGUUUCCUGAACUCCACUACAGACGAAGUAUUUAUGUUUCUGCGCACAGUGUUACAGUUUAAAAUGAAAUGUUUUAAUCAUGCACCAGCACAACAAAUACUUUAAAAAACCCACUGUACAUAUUUUAUUAGUAUUUAAAUUGUUUACGUUAUAUUCCACGUUUUAUUUCUUCAUUAUCUAUGCAGUAUUUUUGGCAUGAGGUAGACGUUAGAUGACGGGGAGGUUUGAAGAAGCACCUUCUACAUUUUAUCUGCAUGAAGUUUGAAGUGAGAGGAGAAAGUUUUCUGCAGCUUGUUUUGAUGAAGCUGGAAUCUGAUGCUCCGUUUAUGAAAACCUCCAGGAGUCUGAUUUUUGUUUUUUGGUCGAUUUUUAAAGUUUCUGUUUGGCACCAAAGUUCUUAAACAAUCUCCUUCAGUGAGUCCAGUUGGUUUACAUUCAAAAUGAUAAAAUGUUCAGCCGUUAAAUUCUCUCUUAUUGGGAGCUUUGCCUGGAUUUUCAGGUUAUUUUUACAGAUCUAGCGCCCCCUGGUGAGAACUAGGGGAUGUGCAGCAGAGUUCAGCCAUUUCCAUUUUGUCAAAUUCACUUCCUGGGUUAAAGGUCGUCGCUGUGAGCUUCUGCUGUGCAGUUUGCUCCUUCAUGACCUCAGCACCAUUUUUAGAGGACAGUCUGUCUGUUUCCAGAAAUUUCUUCUGAUUCUGGUUGUUUUUUGUAAGUUAAAGUUUAUUUUGGGAUCAAGUUCAGACAGAAACAUUCUCAGAUGAUCGAAAAACUCCAAACUGACUGUUUGCAAAAAGAAAAACCCAGAACCUUGUUGAAUGAAGGCGUCUGAUCUGAGUUCACAGUGUGGAGGGUUUCAGACAAACUGAAAUAAACUUUUAUUUCUGGACUUUCA